AUGCAUUUUGUAAAUAUCAAAAAGCAAUAUCUUGCAUUCGGGAUGUUGGUGUUUGUUGUACUAUUUUUCUUUAAUAGCCGACCCGCUAUUCAAUGUCAGUUUACACCAGAAAUAACAACGUACCUACCAACAAUAUACGGGAUAACUCCAACGUAUGCGAGACUCGCUCAAAAGGCCGAUUUAACAAGAUUAUCACAGACCUUGAUGCUAGUGAAGAAUUUUCAUUGGAUUGUUAUUGAGGAUUCUGAGACUAAAACUAAAUUGGUUGAAAAUUUGCUCAAAGAAUCAACUUUAAAAUACACCCAUCUCAAUGUUAAGACACAUAAAUCAAAACAUUCAACAGCCAGUGGAGUGGAACAGAGGAAUAUCGCUCUCAAUUGGCUGAGAGAUCAUUUGAAAGCAGCGGAUGACAAAAGAGGUGUUGUUUAUUUUAUGGAUGACGAUAACACAUACUCCUUGAAGGUUUUCGAUGAGAUGCGAAAAAUCAAUAAAGUAGGAGUAUGGCCUGUAGGUAUAGUAGGGGGAAUGCGAGUCGAGAUGCCUCUAGUGACCAAUGGUAAGGUCUCUGGUUUCAAUGCAGUGUGGAAACCAUUUAGACCUUUCCCUAUCGAUAUGGCUGGUUUCGCCAUCAACGCUACAUUGUUUUUGCAACACCCAGAGGCUAAAUUUUCUAGAAAAGUCCAGUCUGGGUUUCAGGAAAGUGAAAUUUUGAAAUACGUCGCUACAAAAGAUGAUCUCGAGCCUUUAGCAGAGAACUGUACCAAGGUAUACGUAUGGCACACACGUACACAAAAACCUUCUAUACUAAAUCCUAAGAAAUUGAAGCACCCACCACUACCAGACGACCAUAUUGAAGUCUGAUUUGACAAUAAUUUUAAUAAAAAAUAAAUAAAUAACUAAUAAUUGGUAAAUAAUUUGGUCUUAAAUGUAUAACAUAUUGAGCGUUAAUCGAUUUAGUAAAAUUAAUUAAAAUUACAAUUACGCUGAAAAUAU